CCUUUUCUUCUUCCCAUCUCUAUGUUCUUCUCUUUUAUUCUCCUCUCCCUCCUUCUCUCCUUCCUUCUUUCCCUUCUCAAUCUGCUCCUUCUGCUCUUCACUUACCCUCUUUCCUGUUUAUCUCUGCCCAGCACACAAUGUCUGCUUGCACCAAUGAGGAUCCCCGUAUUCUCGGCAUCAAAACUAAGAUUCGUGUCGUCCCCAAUUUCCCCAAACCUGGGAUCAUGUUCCAAGACAUCACUACUCUGUUGCUAGACCCCAAAGCGUUUAAGGACACAAUUGACUUGUUCGUUGAACGAUACAAAGGCAAAAACAUUUCUGUUGUUGCAGGAGUUGAAGCUCGGGGUUUUAUAUUUGGCCCUCCCAUUGCACUGGCAAUAGGAGCCAAGUUUGUACCUUUGAGGAAACCGAAGAAGUUGCCAGGGAAAGUUAUUUCUCAGGACUACAUAUUGGAAUAUGGAAGGGACUGCCUUGAGAUGCAUGUUGGAGCUGUUGAGCCUGGUGAGCGUGCUUUAGUAGUUGAUGAUUUGAUUGCUACUGGUGGAACGCUCAGUGCAGCAAUGGACUUACUAGAACGUGUUGGAGCAGAAGUAGUUGAAUGUGCAUGUGUAAUUGAAUUACCAGAAUUGAAGGGUCGUGAACGGCUGAACGGGAAGCCCUUACACGUGUUGGUUGAGUAUUACUAGUCAUUUAAAGAUACAAGCAAAGGUGGCUAAAGCAUGAUAAAACUGAAGGGAUACACAUUAAAGGGAAUGUAAUGUUACUUUAUAAUGCUACUGCUGCUUCUCAUUCGGAAUCCAAUCUAUAUGCAGCUCCCUUCCCCUGAAUAUGUAUAUUUUUGUUUCCCUCGUUUUUUCUUUCAACGAUUAUUGAGUUUGAAAGGGGUGGUCAAAGAGACCCAGAUGGUGCUUUGUCUGAGUAGCACAAGCAGUUUUUGGGACGCCAGCAGGGGCAAAAGCUUUGUGGUACAACUGAAUACUUUUGAAAUUAAUGAACUUGUAGAACCCAUCCUUUCCCAGUAGCAGUAGUGGUGGUGACUCUUUAUGUGGUGUGAUGCACUUUGGAAAAAGGAGACAGAGAAUAAAGAAACGUAACCAGGGAUAAUGAAGUCCGCUUUGAUUCUUCA